AACUUAGGAAGGUGUAUAUAGUUCUCGUUCAUUAUUGAAUUGUGAUUUUCCUUUCGAAUUUUCUUCGACAUCAAUGUUCAUAUACACACCACAGUUUAUUAAACAAAUCGAAAUUCUGAUGACUAUUUUUGGUUUUUUAUUUCACAGAAUCUUUUGGAAGAUGAGCUCAAAAAAAGGGACUACGCCGCAAUGUUUCUUCAAGCCAAAGAAAUAUUUCAGGAUGUUGUUUCCAAAUAGCUCAAAUUUAUCAUCUCCAAUAUUGAACAACUUUGAGUCAUCAUUAACCGAGAGAUUGAAGAAACUCAUACCUCAAAACAAAGAUGAGAUUCUCACCUUACCUUGGAUGAUUAUUGCUAUGGAAUUACUUUAUGAUACACAUAAUGAUAUAAACAUCAUGAUCACUGAUCUCAAGCUUCAUGAUAUGACUGAUCCGGAUCAUGGAUCUUGGUGUGAAGUUUACAUGAAAAUAAAUGUAAAAUUUCUGGAUCUUUUUAACGCUUUUAGCUCCUUGCUCUUAAGCAUGAACCAUGGCAUUUUAUGCUUAAAGCUCCUUAGGCAUAAAUUAGAAAUGAAAUCUGAGGAUCAAUGCACUGAGAUUUGUUCCACACUUGAUAGUUGGAGGGAAAAUAUUACCGCGGAAAUCUCUAAAUGCCGCAAAGUUCUUGGGAGAUAUGUUAAAUCAUUAAACUUUCAUAAAGUCAAGAAUUGUAUCAAAGUAGCAAAAGUUUUUAUGAAGGCGUUUUAUGCGGCUAAUGUUCUUACGGCUUAUAUCUGCAGUGUGUUUGUGAUAGUUUUGUCGAAUUCCGACAAAGAUAUUUUGCCUAUACAUGUCUCGAAGCAAUCAUUGUGGAAAAAAGAUUUCUUGGAUUUGCAGACUAUCGUAAACGUCAAAACAAGAGAUAUUCUAUCCUCUGAUGGAACAAUGGUACUUAAAGAGUUAGAAUCUGUUGCUGCCAAAAUGAAGAAGAUGUAUCUUACAAUUCAAGAAGGUGAUGAUCUUGUUCAAGAAUUGUUUGAGGAAUCUAUUGUGGAAUGCAAAGAAGAAGUCGAGAAACUGGAUCAAAGGGUAGAUGAACUCUCAAGGAAAAUUGACAACUUGUCUAGUAUAACCUUUAAAGGACGUCAAACCAUUCGUGAAGGUUUAUUUGAUUCAAUGAUAAAGGAGUUAACUCAUGAACCACAUAUAUAAUAAUUAAAUCUCAUUUUUUCUUUAUCUUUAGACCAUGCCUCUAAAUACCAUAUAUGUACAUUAAAUCCAUUUUACAACUAUUUAGAAACAAAUAAAUUGAACUCAUGACCUUAUAUUAUCUUCUUCUCGAUUG